UGACGUUAAAAAUAAACCCUCCCCCCUAAUUAACUUGUUUAAAUAGGCUUGACAGUGUAGUGUAUGUUCUUUGGUGAGAUUUUGAUACUGGUGUUGAAAUGUUUGUUCAGUUUCACUGGGGAGACAUCCCUGAUGACAUGCUGCGAGGAAGGCAGGCUGAGGGCAGAACUGCUCUGAAGGCUGGAUCCUGGGUGUGAGCUGCAGAUCACACUUCAAGGACUCUUCUCUCCAGCUUCAACUAGGGCUGAUCUGUCCACGGUUCAUGCCUCUCCUAGUUGUGGUGUCGCUCCAUGAAUAUGCUUUGGGCAGCGAUGAAGGACUACAUGAGAUAAGGAAAAGAGAUAUUGAUUGCUCUAUAGUACCAGAUAUGGGACAGCCGGUGAUGGCGAGAUGCUGCAGUCACGGGUCAGGUGUCCUUGGGCUGAGACUGCCCAUGGAGCAGAGGCUCGGAGGACAAGGACUCGCUAGGGCCGCCAGGUCCUUACAGCAAGGACAACCAGGACAAGGUGACGCAGAAGAAGGUAUCAGGUGUACCGUCGAAGAUCUAAUGCGAAAUGCAUCACUCGUGAUUAACGGCCGGCUCAACGAACAACCUCUCGUGGACCGAGUCACGAACCUGCUGUUAGCUAACGGCACCGCCUGGAAUCGCGAAUCCAUUAGACUGAUCGUCCACAACUGCAUAUUGACAGCAGAACAAGAAAUAGCUGCGAUACCCACAAACUGCCACUCAGGGGCUUAUGAGUGGAAGAAAUGUCUUGAUCGCCAAUUGAUUGUGAACUGCCCGGACGAGUACUGGGAUUUAAGUGACCAGUGCAACACCUUGAAAGACUACUUGGUAACGUGUCCUGUACAGUAUGUUGUCCGGCAGGUCGUAGGAGUCAUCCUCGGGCGCAGUGGAGGGCUCGGUAUCGUGCAAGGUGUUGGACAAGGUGGUGGACUCGGUCUCGUGCAAGGUGUUGGAAGUGGUGGUGGACUCAGUGCUGUACAAGGUGUUGGAAGUGGUGGUGGACUUAGUGCCGUACAAGGUGUCGGCAGCAGUGGAGGACUCAGUGCUGUUCAAGAUGUUGCACAAGGUGGUGGACUCGGUGUCGUGCAAGGUGUUGGAAGUGGUGGUGGACUCAGUGCCGUACAAGGUGUCGGCAGCAGCGCUGGACUCGGUGCUGUUCAAGGGGUUGGACAAGGUGGUGGACUCGGUGUCGUGCAGGGUGUCGGGCGCAGUGUUGGGCUCGGUGGGAUGGGAAACAGUGGUGGGCUCGGUAUCCUGCAAGGGCUUGGUCUCGGUUCAGUGCAUGACGUCGGGUCUGGUGGUAGACUCGGUGGGCUCGGUGCCGUUCAAGAAGUUGGUCGUGGUGGUGGACUCGGUGCAGUGCAAGGUGUCGGGAGCAGCGCUGGGCUCGGUGGUCUCGGCAACAGUGGUGGGCUUGGUGGGCUCGGUGCUGUGCAAGAGGUAGGUCGUGGUGGUGGACUCAGUGCAGUGCAAGGUGUCGGGAAUAGCGCUGGGCUCGGUGGGCUCGGAAACAGUGGUGGGAUCGGUGAUGGGCUUGGUGUUGUGCAAGGUGUUGGGCAGGGGGGUGGAGUCGGUGCUGUACGAGGUGUGGUAGAAGCUAAGCACGGUGUCAUGGAAGGUAUUGGUCUCGGUGCCAUUUCCAAUGUCGAGCGUGGUGCUGCACACAGUGGUCUUGAUGCCGUGCAAAGUGUCGGAAACAGUGGUGGGCUCGGUGGUCUCGGGAACAGUGGUGGGCUCGGUGGGCUCGGGAACAGUGGUGGGCUUGGUGGGCUCGGUGCUGUUCAAGAUGUUGGUCGAGGUGGUGGACUCGGUGCCGUUCAAGGUGUUGGGAACAGUGCUGGGCUUGGUGGUCUCGGGAACAGUGGUGGGCUUGGUGGGCUCGGGAACAGUGGUGGGCUCGGUAUCUUGCAAGGUCUUGGUCUCGGUACUGUGCAAGAUGUCAGGCCUGGUGGUAGACUCGGAGGGCUCGGUGCUGUUCAAGGUGUCGGGAACAGCGCUGGGCUCGGUGGGCUCGGGAACAGUGGUAGGCUCGGUGAGCUCGGGAAUAGUGGUGGGCUCGGUGGGCUCGGGAACAGUGGUAGGCUCGGUGAGCUCGGGAAUAGUGGUGGGCUUGGUGGGCUCGGGAACAGUGGUAGGCUCGGUGAGCUCGGGAAUAGUGGUGGGCUUGGUGGGCUCGGGAACAGUGGUAGGCUCGGUGAGCUCGGGAAUAGUGGUGGGCUUGGUGGGCUCGGGAACAGUGGUAGGCUCGGUGAGCUCAGGAAUAGUGGUGGGCUUGGUGGGCUCGGGAACAGUGGUGGGCUUGGUGGGCUCGGGAACAGUGGUAGGCUCGGUGAGCUCGGGAACAGUGGUGGGCUCGGUGGGCUCGGAAACAGUGGUGGGCAAGGUGCGCUCAGUAGGCAUGGCGGAGGUCGCAAUGAGAUCGGUAUCCUGCAAGGUCUGGGGCUCGGUCUCCUGCGUGAUGGGGACAUUGUCGAUCAAGAGGGCCGACAAGGGACACUACUGCGUUAAGGCGAUUGCCACGGACAGCAUAUACGUCUCAGCAGCCGUCA